CCCCAUUAUUUCUCUUUACCCUAUUAUCAAUACCUUCUCUCAACUAUGUCAAAUGUUCCUCCAAGAGCUAGCCAGCGAGGCUCUUGGACUGAAAAGUCAUCAAUCCGCGUUGAAAUCUAGGCGACGAUCAGAGGCCAGCUUACAAACACUUAUUCUGUUCUCUAAUUUCUAUCCACGGCUUCAGAAGCUGUCGUUCAAUCAAGCUCCACGCAUAUGCCAAGUGUAGAUACUAUUUCAGCUGGACUUGUCUCCGGCAUAGAAGGAAGUUCCCUCACAGUGAAAAUCGUCGUGGCGGUCGCCCUGUCCAUCGCCUUGUACAAUGCAAUUGAACUUGUCCUGCUGAUUUUUUGCACCUUCCACCGCUAUCAUGGGCUCUAUUUCUGGUCCUUACUGAUAUCUAAUGUCUGUGGGGUCAUCCCCACUACUAUUGGUGCUGUGCUGCAUUUUUUCUUGAUUGGGCCACUUUGGCUGGCGUUGACAAUCUCUCAUGUUGGCUUCUACGCCAUGGUCCCCGUCCAAUCUCUGGUCCUCUAUUCUCGACUGCACCUGGUUUUCCAUGAUGAAAAACGCCUCCGGUAUAUCCUUUAUCUGAUCAUCAUUGACGCACUCCUCUUCCUUCCUGCAACCACGACCACUAUGUAUGGAUCAGCAUACGUCCAAAAUCUGCAGUGGAAUAAGGCAUAUCAGGUGGUGGAGCGUCUCCAGGUGACUGGAUUCUGCAUUCAAGAAUUCCUAAUUUCCUGCUUGUACAUCCGGGAAGCCGUCAAAUUGCUGCGGUUAAACCCCGAGAAGGGCAGCCGUCAGAAAAAUAUCAUGUAUCAGCUUGUGGCGAUCAACUUGAUCAUCAUCCUCAUGGACAUCGGCAUCCUGGUCUGGGAAUACCUGGGCUUUUACUACCUACAAGUAUCCCUGAAAUCGCUGGUCUACAGUAUCAAGCUGAAGCUUGAAUUUGCUGUUUUAGGGAAACUUGUCACUAUCACAAGAUUGCAUACCCAGGAGGCCAUACACAGUGAUCCAGCAAUAGCCCCUGUUUUCGUCAAGCCGGAUUAUUCGAAAUCAACUUGUCCUACAGGCCACAAUGAAUGAAGAGAUGGCCUACCAUUGAUCUCUUACUUACAUUCAAA